CACUGGCCCUUGUUGAUGACGUAAAUGGCGCGGAAGAUGAAAAUGUAUCCCCGUUUGAGAGGAGACGCUGCUAGCAAAGUUUCGUUGUAGCUCCACAGUUUGUGAAAUCAAGUGAGGUGGCUUAAUUCUGGCGUAAUUCAAAAAGGGCAACAAUGAGCAAAAACAAGGAGGCAGCAGCUGCAUCUAUAAUACUUAGUUAUUUAAAUGAGAGUAACCGACCCUACAGUGCACAGGAUGUGUUUGGUAACUUGCAGAAGCAACAUGGCUUUGGAAAAACGGCUGUGGUGAAGGUGAUGGAAAUGCUGGCAAGUCAAGGAAAAAUAACAGAGAAGGUAUACGGCAAACAGAAAAUCUAUUUUCCAGAUCAGUCACAGUUUACAGAUGUGAGUGAUUCAGAAUUAAAAAACUUGGACAAUCAGAUCUCUGAGCUAAACUCUAAAUCACAGUCUGUUCAGCAGAACUGUCGGCAACUGGAAAUAGAACUGAAGGAACUAAACAGCUCCAUGACAACUGAGGAGUUGAUUUCAGAAACGGAGCAACUGAAAAAAGAAUGUAAAUCUUACCAAGAGAAGUUACAGAAGAUCAAAUUAGCAAGUAACCAUGUCACCCCUGAAGAAAAGGAGAAGGUGUACAAAGAGAGGAUUCACCUUGUCAAAGAAUGGAAGAAGAGAAAACGAAUGGUGACUGACAUGAUGGAUGCUAUUCUUGAGGGUUACCCAAAAAGCAAGAAGCAGUUUCUGGAAGAGGUUGGAAUAGAAACUGAUGAAGACUGUAAAGUUAAGAUGCCAGAUUUGUGAUUUUAGACAAAAGACUGAAAUCAACAUAUCAUGAUCUUCUCAUAAUUGGUUCAUUACUGUUUUGUGUGUUGCCACCCCCUUUACUAUUAAGAAGCAAGGUAGGAAUGUGUAGAUAGAACAACUUUAAAGGCAAAUUGUAUUGUAAAUGUUAAGAUUGUUGGGUGUGUAUAUAUGUAAUUUAUAUAGUAUGAUGUGACAAGUAGGCCGAGAUCUUAUUUUAAAGGCCAAAAUAAACAGAAGAAUUUACCUUAGCAUUGUUUGGUUAAUAGAUUGUAAGUAAGCUUUUUUUGAAAAUUAAAUUAAUUUUGAAACAUGUCA